ACAAAAAAAAGUCGAGUUAAAGCAUAUUUUUAUCCACAUGUACGUUAUUGUAAUCUGUGUUACGUCAUACAUAUGCGUCGGCCGGAAGUUGAAUUUCCAUUGCCUCUUGUUUUUGUUCCCGGUUAGAUACUGUUCAGCAGCUGGGUUAGGUACGCUUUUUGUGUUCGAAAUUGGCGAGAUAUUUGGUUAGUUUAAAGAACUUUAAUAUCAAUUCAAACGGUGUUUGGACAAUAACGCAGAGCCAUGUCUAAGCGCGCUUCUUUUCACACACAACUGUCCUCCAUCAUGGAAAUACUGUCUAGAACCGCAAUGGCUCAUGUGUGCAAACUGGUUGACGACGAAUACGCGGGAAUAUCUUUAGAAAAUGAGGCUCUCACUGAGAAAUUGCAUAGUCUGGAAAGUGAACUUACAAUUGUGAAAAGCACAGCUCCGAAGCUGGCUGGAAACUAUCGCUCUGUUGGUGUUCAAACUGGUGAAACUAUCACCAGAGUAGACAGAGGGCUAAACGGAUCCCCCACCAUCGAAGGAAUAUUUGGGAAGGAAUGGUGUCUUGAUCUAUGGAACCAUGGGGUUUCCUACAGCACAGAGAACAGUCCGCAACACACUGCCAAAUCAACAGGGGUGCCUUCAGGCCAAGCUGAUGUUAAAGAAGAGGAUGUUGAGGUGGAAAUCAUAAACAGAGACCCACAGGAAAGACCAACAAUAAUUUUAGAUGGAGAUGACUUAGUGGACAAUGGAAGAGAAGGGCCCUCCAACGUGUAUCCAUCCUUUGAUUCCUUCCGCCAGGACAGGCCAGAGAGACGGGAUAAACAGGUACUGGAGAUGUCAACUACGGAUGUCUCCACAGGACACACUUUACGUUUCAUAUCCAUCGACGGAUUGGAGGAGGAAUAUGGCGAACAUGUCUUUCCCAUUGAGGACGAUGAGACGAAUGAGUUCCUACCAGACGAUACCGAGCUGUUGCCCAACGAAGCACAAGAUGAACACAUCACAAAGCCAACGUAUGCAAAGAAGUCUUUAGCAAAGUCAAAAAGCAAAGCUGGGAAGACUAAGACUUUCAGUUACUUUAACAGGUUUAACUUGCACUCCCAUAGUAAAUCCGACACAAACAAGUUAAGUUGCGUGAUUUGUAAGAAGACUUUCUUGCGGCAGAACCAUCUGACGAUGCAUAUGAAAUCUCACAAGUCGCUGUACUGCAGUGUGUGUAAGAACUAUUAUCCUGGGAAAACUCAGCUCAAAAAACACAAAUGUGUUGCUCCCGAUUAUCUGGCCUCGAACAGCUCGAAGUACUUUUGCCAUUACUGCGGCAAGUCUUUCAGCUGUCCGUCAAGCCUGAGGAUACACCACCUGGUGCACACUGGAGAGAGACCCCACACAUGCACUGUCUGCGGGAGAGGAUUCACACAGAAGGGCAAUCUGAAAUGUCACAUGCGCCUUCACACUGGUGAGAAACCGUUCAAAUGCCUCACAUGCGACAUUGGUUUCACCCAGAAAGUAUACCUCACUCAGCACUUGGCCAAAGCUCACGGUCAAAAGGAAGAAAAUAAGAAAAAGAAGAAGACGCAAGUGCACAAAUGUUCUAAGUGUCAGUUGUCUUUCGUCAAUCAGCAACUGCUCCAAACACACAUGGCUGUUCAUAAAAAUAAAUGAAGUAUUUUUGGUUGAUUGCAAUACUCUUGACUUAAAGGGGCAAUCUACAGUUGCUACAUCCAUUUUUGGACUUAGAAAUUGAUAUGUACCCAUUUAUUGUUUUAGAAUAUAACUUAUUUAUGCCUCAUGAGCUUAGUUGAAUUGUUGUACACCAUCAGAACCCAAAAUAAGCUUGUAAACAAAGUAAAUAAACACUUUACAUUUUAGUCAUUUAG